AUGGAGAUUUCAGCAUUCACUGGAUUUCUCUCUAUGAUUUGUGACAAAUUCACUGUACUGGCCUUGUUCUUCAUGGUGUUUGCCCUGGUCGUUGACUACAUGAAGAGACGCAAGGGUCAGAAUUACCCUCCUGGGCCCCGGGGUUUUCCUUUCUUUGGGAACAUUCUUCAGGUGGACUUGAACAACCCCCACUUAUCGUUUGCCAAGCUGUGGAAGGAAUAUGGCAGUGUGGUGAGCAUACAGCUUGGAUGGACAAACACAGUGAUACUAAAUGGCUAUGAAGCUCUCAAACAGGCUCUGGUGAAGAAAUCAGAAGAUUUUGCUGAUCGACCAAACUUAGCAAUAUAUAAAGAUUUGAUUAAACGUGCAGGACAAGGCAUUGUCUUUGCAAAAUAUGGCCAUUGGUGGAAAGAGCAGAGAAAGUUUUCACUUUUGACACUGAGGAACUUUGGGCUGGGGAAGAAAUCUCUAGAGGCACGAAUUGUGGAAGAGGCUGGAUUUUUAAACAAAGAAUUUGAAAAUGCAAAAGGACAUCCUUUUGAUCCACAUUUCUAUCUAUCUUGUGCAACCUCGAACAUAAUCUGUUCAAUUGUCUUUGGAGAACGUUUUGGAUAUCAAGAUAAAACAUACCUUGAAUUUUUAAAAGUAUUUGAUGAAAUUUUUGAAUUGGAAGGUGGAUUUUGGGGUCAGUUGUUGAAUACGUUCCCCUUUAUUCGUCACUUCCCGGGUCCACACAAUAAGAUAUUUGAAAAUCAAAAUAAAGCUGUUGAGUUUGUUCGGGAGAAAGUCAUGGAACAUAAAAAGCAAUGGGAUCCAAAUGAGCCCAGGGACUUCAUCGAUGCUUUCUUAACAGAGCAAGAGAAGAUGAAACAUGAACCUCAAACAAGUUUCCUGGAAACCAAUUUGUUAGGGACACUUUUUGAUCUCUUUGCCGCGGGUACUGAGACCACCUCCACCACCCUGUGCUGGGGUCUGCUCUUUAUGGUGCUGUAUCCUAACGUGCAGUCUAAAGUGCAGGGAGAGAUUGACAGUGUAAUUGGGAAGGAGAGAAAGCCAAUGUUGGAAGACCGUGAGGAAAUGCCGUACACUAAUGCUGUUAUCCAUGAAAUCCAACGCUUGGGAAAUAUCGUUCCAAAUUCACUUCCUCAUCAAACAUAUAGAGAUACAGAGGUCAUGGGUUACACAAUCCCUAAGGGAACAACAAUCAUCCCAUAUCUGUCCUCCGCCUUGUUUGAUGAGAAUGUUUGGUCGACUCCACACCAGUUUAAUCCGGGUCACUUCCUCAACUCAGAGGGGGGCUUUGUGAAACCAGAAGCCUUCAUCCCAUUCUCUGCAGGUCGCCGUGUGUGCCUGGGGGAACAGCUGGCAAAGACUGAGCUCUUCCUGUUCUUCACCUCCAUGCUCCAACAGUUCACAUUCCAUCUCCCAGAAAAUGAGCCAAGACCUAACUACACUGAAUCCAAAUUCGGAAUCACCCUGAGUCCACGUGCUUAUCGUCUGUGCGUUAAGCUCAGAUAA